AUGCCGAAGAAGAAGCCAAGUACCUUUGAAGCAUUGUUGGGUCCGAUGCUCUUGUCGAAAAUUGGGGAAUACAUAGAGACUCCCAACUUUCGAAACUUCAAGAACUCGUUCUUUCAUCAUGGUCCCUCCGUCCAGACGGAUGAGGCUUUGAAGGGGAAGGAUUUCAUCGUGCUCUAUUUUUCAGGUGCUUGGUGUCCUUCCUGUCAGAGAUUCACUCCCCUGCUGAAGGACUUUUAUGCGAUUUGUAAGGACAAGGCCAACCAGGAAAAGCUCAAGAAAGUGGAUAUUGAGAUUGUGUACAUUAGUUCUGAUCGAGAUUUGGUCGAGUUUCAAAAGACCUACCGAGAUAUGCCUUGGUUGGCCCUGGAAAGCCAGAAACACAAGACAUCGGUGUCCAAAAAGUGCCAUAUUGCCAAUAUCCCAUCACUGGUAGUUCUGGAUAGGAAAGGUCGAUUCAUCACCGACACGGCUACCGAUAAUGUCGUGGCAGCUGGUGGGUUUGUGGAAAAGGUUGUCGAGGUCAUUGAACUCUGGAGGUCUCAAAAGGGCGUGCCGCUAGAUGAAGCUACGUUUACGAAUUCGGGGAGUAAUUGCAUCAUUUCAUAG